UCGAAAAUAGUCGAUGAAUGCCUGCCCCAACACUGCCACGAUGUUGACCGUAUUGCUUGUUUUAACGUUAGUGCUAGCAAACUGUUCCUGUCAAUCGGUAAGUACACCAGACCUCACUACCAUUGUACCUGCCAAAAGCCUACGAUUGGGCACCCGACAAUUGACCCCAAUCAGCGAAAAUGUUAACUCAGUACCGGAGCACGUGUUGCGUAAACGCGAGAAUUCGGCAGCAUCAUCAAACCAUCGAUCGCCGCUGGUUGAAAUUAUGUUACGAAUACUAGACACUAUUCAAGUGGUUCCGAAGAAGCGGUCCCGAAGGCAAGCUGAGACGGCACAGCAGAUGAUAACGAUGUCAGAUUCAUUCAACCCAACCAAGUUCUCGUUGUUCGCUGACCUCCAGGAUCCUAAUUUUUCAUUGUUCGGUGAUGUUCAAGAAUCUCCACUGAUGGAAUCCUCACUAGAGCAGACACUUGACGAACCCGAACCAACACCACCAAUAUCACCGAACGAUCCGACUUGGUCGGAUGAUGGAGGGCCCGAAUGUCCGGAAAAUUGCGCCUGUGGGCAGUCAACCGAAAGCAGUGACCCUUCUUCUCAGGAAGAACCGGUUGUAAGAAUCUAUGAUCUGCUACAGAAGAUCCUUCAGGUUUUCGACGCACAAGCGCACCGAAAUUCCGACAGAGCUAGAAGGCUGCUAGAUCUGCGCCUACUCAGUACGGGUCAGUCCAGCGGUUGUGCUACCAACAACGAUGAUGACUCGUUAAAUUUGAGCACCAGCGAGUAGACUCUGGCUGCCGUUUUUUUUUUUAAAUUUAGCACCAUCAAGCGACAGUUAAUCAACAAGCGAUAACGGCUCAAAACCGGAAAAAAAUGUUGAAAAUUCUGUCAAUCGUAAUCGUUAUCAACACGAGCUUUCGUAAUGAACAAACAGAGUGCUGGAUUGAAUAUUAAAUCCACAUGUCCAAUAAACAAAUCUCUAAUAAGAUAGAAAAUUAAAAUGUAUUUAAAACCAACAAUAGUACACAGAUCUUAUUUGUAGAGAAAUAAUAUAAAUACCUUACAAGAAUCUUAGUUCAACGUACAUAUUUAUCUACAAGCAACUACAAAAAAUGAACCAAACUUAUCAUGUAACAUUUUUCAAAAAGCAUACACAUACUUAACCUACUUAUUUUAUGGAUUUGAGUAUAAUACAUGGAGCGUAUACAUUAGGGUGGGGCAAAGUGAUCGAUUUUCCAGAACCAAGUUUUUUGGUUCGUUUUGGGGCCCAAAAUAAUCCUAAACGUACCGGAAGUCGAUUGGUUUUGUCUCCGCUUGGCGCAUUGCAUUUCAAAUUUGUAACGUUAAAGUAUAGUAUUUUGGAUGCCUAACAGCUUUGCCGAGGAUACUGAAGAGCUAGGAUGUCUCUAAGAAGAGCUAUAGCUGUCCAAAGUUGAGUAUGUCGAUUUAAAUACUGUAAAUCUUCUUUUCUGUCAACACUUCCAAUUAGUGCUGGGACUAUCCGGUUUAAAAUAUCCGGAUAUCCGACCUCGGAUACCCGACAAAUAUCCAAAAUCCGGAUCAACCGGAUAUCGGGAUAUUAUCCGACAGGAUAUCCGGAUUUUCGGAUAGUCGGAUAUCCGGAUAUUGUAUCCGAACAUAGUUUAAUGAGAAUAAUGUAAAUAAUUACUUACGAGGGGAUUGUGGAAAAAGCCAUUUUUCGCGUUACAUUUCAUCCGAACGGGCUUAAAAGACAGAAAAAAAAAUCCGGAUAUCCGGAUAGUAUUCGUUUACACAUCCGUGAUCCGAGCUUUGGAUAACCGGAUCAGUAAUAUAUCCGGUUAAAAGUCCCAGCACUACUUCCAAUGUACCGGCGCCAGUAGAAUUUCCAUCAGAAGUCACAUGUCGUACCGAGUUUAUACACUCAGCUGGAUCAAGCAAACGAAUUCAGGUCAAUAUUCUAGGUGUAGGUAAGAUUUACAACGUGUUUUUGAGGUUACUUCUGAUGGGAAUCUGACUGACGCCGGUGCAUUGCUAGUGUUGGCAGAAACAAAUAUUUUCAGCAUUCGACAUACUCAACAUCCUACCUUUUUAGUGUCUUCGGCGAAGUUGUUAAGCAUCGAAAAACCUACCAUUUAAAGUUAUGAAACGUAUGGUUCAAGCCAUUU